ACGUAACGCAUUCAGUCAGCAAUGGCGGUGGCGCCCCAGUUGUGUACAUCUCAAGUCUUGUCAGUUCAUUUUUGCCGUUAGUUUGUGUAUUGUUUACAUUUCGAGUAAAUAAAACGAUUUCCGUGAACAGUACCUGUGCGUCCCCAAAGUGCAUCUGAGUGUUGGAAAAUUCGAACGUUUACUACUGUGAUUCGUGCAUGUUCAAUUUUUUACGAGGCCAAUAAAAUACACGGAUAACUUCGAUUUGCCUUCGUGUCGGAGUAGAAAAAGAAACAACGGAUCCACCGGAAGGAAAACUCCUCGUUCCGAUUUCAGUAAGUACGAGCAGUGCUGGGGACCUGUAAAAAUGAGGAGGUGAGGAAAAUUUCGUGAAGUAUGAGCGGAGCCGCUUCGUCGGGGCUAAUCCAACAGCCGAAUGUGCUCCACGUGAAGGUGCAGAGAUUAACAUGUAGAGACAACGUACCGUCAGUCCAUGGCAGACCCAACGCCUCUUCCCUCAAUGUCAAGACCAGAUUGAGCAAUCACCAAAGGAAUCUCAGUCUCGAUUUCAGGUCGAUGGGCAUCCUCCUUCCUCCCGUCACCCAGGUGACCACCGCCACGACCAACCACCUGACGACGCUCCACCACCGCAACCGCAGCCUCGACUCUGCCUUGCAGCGCAUCCCCGAAGUCGACGUGACGCCCAGCCCGGAAUGCGAGACCGUCACCGGCGUCUUGUGCGCGUCGUCGGAAUCCCGACCGACGUCAACGUCUUCCAAGCAGCGUAACGACGAGCUCGCGAGCCUAGGCUCGGACGACUCGGGCAUCAUCUGCAAUGGUUCGGACGCCGGAUCGUCUUCCGACUCGAACGCGACGACGCGCGAGUCGAGCGUCGAGUACAUCGACAACCUGACGCCGGGCAAGGACGAGGGUGUCGGUAGCGAGAAGGACGCGCCCGAGAGGACGAAAUCGGACUCUGACACGUCGUCCAAAGGGUUCGGUAUGCUGAGGCUGCUCGAGAGCAAGGUGUUCGACGUUUCGAUGGCGAUGCACUACCUCUUCAACAGCAAGGAGCCUGGCGUGUUGUGCUACAUCGUCAACAAGAUGUUCAGUUUCGAGGACCACGACGUGGACUUUUAUUUGCCGCAGCUGGUCUGCAUGUAUAUCCAGAUGCACGACGUCGCAGAGGUUAUACAUCGGUAUCUUAUUCACAGGUGUAGGAAGUCCAUAGACUUCUCCCUGAAGUGUGCCUGGCUACUGGACGCUUUCAGUUCCGACGCCUCUCUACCCACGAAAAAGAAACCACACGGCGUCAAACUGCGAAACCUCAUCCUUUCCGACGAACUCCGGCCGAAGAAUCAAUCGAUGAUGACUACGUCGUUGAACCUGUCAUCGUCCAACAACGAAAAGCUGUCGGUGCCGUCGAUGGUGAAAAAAUCGCAUCAACGUUCUCAGAGCGACGCUUCCGCUCUACUGCCUGGCCUGAAGGGGAACGCGUCUAACGCGACGAAACUCUGCCUCGGUGAUUUGAGUUCGGGCAGAGCCUUCGACAACGGCUGCGUCUGCUUCGAUAGCUGUCAGAGCGUGGUGAACGAUCUUAGGGGAGAAAAGACUGAAUGCACUUGCUCGGCGCCAAGAUUGAGACCCGAGCUAGAGUUUCUACAAGCUCUCAUUACUAUUGGCAAACUACUUAGUUCCAUACCAACGAAGGAAGCGAAAACCACUCGGCUCACUGCCGAACUCACUACCUUGAAUCUGAACCUCCCUGCAAGGGUGUGGCUACCCCUGCACAGCCAGAACCCCCAUUUCAUCGUCCGUAUACCUCCUCAGGUGGCAGCCGUUCUCAACUCUAAAGACAAGGCGCCCUACAUAAUUUACCUCGAAGCAGUUGAAGUGGAUGAUAUCGAGAGUUCGCCUGUGCCAAUGAAGGUUAUGCCAACCCUGAGGCAUACGAAAUCUGAGGAGAAUUUGAAGCACGAAUCCACUUCCUUGUCAGCUUUUAGUGUUUGCGGGGGUUGCUAUGACGAUAUGGAUCCCGAUUGGAGUCAAGAGGAUGACGAAAUUUCCCAGCAGUACAUUCAACUGAAGAAACCCGUGGAUCGAGACACAAUUUCGCAAAUGAGUCAAGAAUCGAGCGAGUCUAGAGAGCCUUCGAUUCCUGCGAGCGAGAUACGGAGGCGAUUGUCGGACUUCUUCCGUGAGGAAAAAAGCAAAAAGUUCACCCACGAUCCGGAAGAUCCAUCAGCGGCUGUGCUGAAGGAGCCAUGGGAGGAUAAGGAACAGCGUAUCAGGGAGAGUUCACCUUAUGGAUAUUUAUCGUCAUGGAGGUUGUUAUCGGCGAUAGUGAAAUGCGGAGACGAUCUUCGACAAGAGUUGAUGGCGUCUCAGUUGUUGGAAACUUUCCAGAAAAUCUGGGAGAUGGAGCAUGUUCCACUGUGGGUUCAUCCAUACAGGAUAUUAUGUUUAUCAGAUGAUAGUGGCCUUAUAGAACCGAUCUUGAACACCGUGUCUUUACACCAAGUCAAAAGGCACUGUGAGUUGUCCCUACUCCAGUAUUUCAUCAAGGAAUUCGGUCCGAUGACUUCUGAAGGGUUCCUUACGGCGCAGAAGAAUUUCGUCCAGAGUUGUGCAGCCUACUGCCUCAUCUGUUACCUCAUACAAGUAAAAGACAGGCAUAACGGCAAUAUACUUCUGCGCAGCGACGGCCAUUUGAUACACAUAGAUUUCGGAUUCAUCCUGUCUACGUCGCCGAAGAAUUUGGGUUUUGAGAAGUCACCGUUCAAGUUAACCCCGGAAUUCGUAGAGAUAAUGGGAGGCGAGAGUUCUGAUAUGUUCGAGUACUUCAAAAUCCUGAUUUUGCAAGGGCUGAUUGCUGCUAGGAAACACCAUGGAAUGAUUGUUGCUCUUGUGGAAAUAAUGAGAUCAGGCUCUCAGCUUCCCUGCUUCAAAUCUGGAGCGUCCACAGUCCAGAACUUGAAGAACCGCUUCCACAUGAGCAUGACCGAAGAGCAGCUCAGACUCGAAGUAAACCGGAUGGUAGAGGGCAGCAUACAUUCGCUUUCCACGAAACUUUACGACGGUUUUCAGUACUUCACCAACGGGAUCCUCUAACUGUGCCUCCGGCCUUCUUCGGAGGUGUAUUAGACAUGAGUGUACAGUGUCUUCUGCAGUUUCUCGACUGACAUACUUUUACCGUUUUUUAAAUGCUCAAAGUUUAAGUCAUCAUCUUUCUAACAAAUCGUAGGUGGAUCGAAAAAGUGAAGUGUGGAGUGUCGAGUGAAGUUACUGAUUUGGACGUAUUCCUUUGGCGACAGCUAACUUCACCGGCAGACUAGUGAAAUACGACUGUGUACAUAAUUUUUAAAUAAAAAGUGUAUCAUAUUUUACUUAUUAAGUGCAUAAAAUACUCAAGUCAAUUUUUCAAUUGAGGAAACUUUGGAGGCCAAAAAGCGUUGUAAAAAGUGACGAUUCUUUUCUAUGUAUGUAUUCUAAUGAUUUUGAAAUUAUCAAAUAUAUAUUUAUUUCUA